AUGUCCGAAUCCGGCGCGGACCCGGCGGGGCAUUUCGACUCCUUCGAGAGUGUGGUGCGGGCCCACGGGAGAAGUGAGACGGCUUCCUGGCUCCUGGUCACUCUGUUCUGCGACGUAUUCGGGAUGGACAGAAGCGUGUACAUAUACUUCCCUCGGGGCCGCAACGAGGACAACGGGUGGGACCGGUUGGUCCAGAGAUACCGCUCUACAUUUUACGCCCAUGGAAUACGGCCGUAUCAGGUGCUAUUGCGGCUCCCCCGGGGCAGAAUCUACAUUGCGCCACACGUACAGGAAUACCUGGUGCACCUGGACCAGGAGUGCGAAUCGCAUCUCACGUUCUACACGGUAGCAGUACAGAACGCCCUACGCAACCCCGCCCAACCUCUGCCGCCAUUCCCGCGGGUAAGGGGGGUGGCUCGGCGCCACGACGACCGGGAUGAACACCAUGUCCCACCCCACCAAGGAGGCGAAACCAGCAGAAACACAGUGACCGCGACUGUCGUGGCCCCACGAAGGCUGACGGGAGUUGGCAUCGACCCGGGCUUUGACAUGGGAAGCGGCCCAGAGGAGGAAGAAGGAUUGUUGUCCCCGAGGAACCCAUCCACAAUAGCACACGCCACCAGUCGGACGAGCCCUCAAGUAAGACCCGGGGAAAGAAGCCAAUCACUAGGAACGCCAAGGCGGCGCAGACCAUCUGCUCGCGAGGGUAGCGGAUUAUCGGAUGACGCUACUACAUCGGGUGAACGUCAACGAACUUCCUCGGAACCACCUCAAGGCGGAAACAGGCGACGCCGGCAGGGAAGUGAACCGGAUCCAGACGGUGAGUCGCGAGAAAGAGGAACACCAUCACAUCCGGCACGCGGAAUAACGCGGAAUAACACACCGGGGAAAGGGCUCGGGGAGGAACGGGUACUCCGGGUGCCGAUGACCGAGCGACCAGGAACGGGGACGCUGGAGGAAGCAUGGAACCUGGCGCCACGGGGAACAGAAGCGAGCACCCUCGUUCCAGUACCAGAUGCGGAGUGUGCUCGGGUCAGGUCAUCGAGGGACACCGUGUGGUUCCAAACGGUGAAGAAAGUUCAACCUAGGUUUGCUUCCGACCAUGCCCGUCUCCAAACCCACGUGCUCCACCUGGUUAACAAGCAGCUAGCAGAAGGCGGCGGCGCUUCCUUGGCAACCGGGACCCCACUUCCCACUAUCCGGGUCAUCAAACUUUGGUACCUCCUACCAGGUAUUCUGCACUUCUUUGAUGGUCGGAUAGCCCGAAAAAAACGCUACAAAUCGCUCAAAAGAGGGGAUAUAUCGUCCGUGCUUCCUUGGCUGAUUGAGUAUACCAAGGCGGCGAGUGCAAGGAGCAGGGAUCCGGCACGGGAAGACACACCCGACGAUAAGUUCAAAAGGGCGGCGCAGGCAUGCCGGCACUNCCGAAAAAAACGCUACAAAUCGCUCAAAAGAGGGGAUAUAUCGUCCGUGCUUCCUUGGCUGAUUGAGUAUACCAAGGCGGCGAGUGCAAGGAGCAGGGGACCGGCACGGGAAGACACACCCGACGACAAGUUCAAAAGGGCGGCGCAGGCAUGCCGGCACUCUGGAGGCGUGAAGGACGCAGCAAGAGCGCUCCUAGCCGAUCAACCGUUACCGGCCAUCGCCGAAGCCAUAGCUGCAAGCCGCACCGAGGAGGAGGAAGGAAGCGCCCCGAGAUGGAGGCCAGAAACCGAGUUCGAUCCACAAGUACUCCUUCAAGUCAUCAACAGCAGAAGCUCUAACUCUGGAGCAGGAAGUGACGGGCAACGUUUCUCCCACCUUAAGUCCAUCGCCAACACUAAAAUUGGUCGGGAAGAGUUCAGCAACGCGAUGUCGUCCCUUUGGAGGAGGCUCAUCAACGAUCCCAACGCGUUCCCACCGGAGUUCUGGACUCUUUGGAAACAAUCCAGUCUAAUCGCCCUCGGUGGAAAGUGCCGUCCAGUGUUCAUUGGAAUGACUUGGAGAAGGCUGAUUGCAGCGGGAACGGUCAGGGAGUGGAAACCGAAACUGGAAGAAAUAUUUCGGGAAGCGGACCAAUUCGGAGUGGCGGUAGCUGGAGGAGUUGAACAAGUUGCGAUGGACGCACAACUGGUUCAUCAGACAGGUCAAUGGGUAAUCCAGACAGAUUGCUCAAAUACCUUCAACACGGGCAAGCGCACCGCCAUCAUGGCUCAGGCCGCAACGAGCGUCCCAGAUCUCGUGGGGUACAUCGCCAGGUGUUACGACGAAAUCCCGGCAAAGGCGAUAUACACGAUGGACUCCGGAGAGCGUCGGACGAUCGAGUGCAAGAGCGGUGUGCAGCAAGGAGAUGGAAUGGGACCGCCCCUGUUCUGCUUCAUCCUAGUCGCGAUCAUCUUGAAGCUUAGAGCCAAGUACGACCACCUCGGGCAAGGAGAUGCAAUGGGACCGCCCCUGUUCUGCUUCAUUCUAGUCCCGAUCGUCUUGAAGCUUAGAGCCAAGUACGACCACCUCGGGGUAUGCUUGAAAGCUUAUAUGGACGACAUCAGCCUGCACUUCAAAAAUAUCACAGCGGAAAAUAUCCAGGCCUACCGAUUGCGGAGGAGGGCAUCACAGUUGUGGGAGUCCCCAUUGGGACGGAUGCCUACGUCGAGGAUAUCGCAAUGAAAGUGAUAACUGAAGGGGGUGCAGACAAGCUUACUCGCAUGCUGGUGCGCAUGCCAGACAAACAGGUGGCUCACCUCGUCACAUCACAAUCGCUGAUACAGCGAUCCGGAUAUAUCGAGAAAGGCAUCAAUCAUAAGCUAGUGAGAGGGGCUUGUGAACGCCUGGAC